CCAAUCAGGUUUGGGUCCAAAACCUAGACCUGAAAACUAUUCGGAUCUAGGUGUAGGUCCAACCGGACCCGUUGCCCGCGCAAGUCGCCCAGCAGAGCAACCGUUUCACUCUCUUCCCUGCAAAACACUCCCCCCUCGGUCUCACUAGUCUAAAGCCCUCUCUCUCUUCUUGAGCCCCAACCAGGCCUGACUGAGAGAAGAAACAAAUAUUUCCUCCAUCGAAGCAGAGGGGGACAUUCUCUUCGAUCUUUGCAUACGGUGCCAGCUCUGGUUUAUUCAUUGAGUCAUCUUUGUAGGAUCCGUGGAAAUCCUAGAAGAUUGCUUCUCCAUUACAUUCAUCAAUAUUUGUGAAAGAGUUUUGCCAAAAACUUGGUCAUGUUAGGGUUUUGUGAAAAACAUUGUCUAUAUUUCUUAUCUGUGGGCGUGGAAUUGAUUGGUUUGCCAAAAGCUUGAUUAUGGCAAGUGCUGUUGAUGCUGUUGGAGAGCCCAUUCCAACUUCAGCUGUUCUAAUGGCUGCUUCGAAGCACAUUGCUAGGAAAUGCAGGGCGGAAAACAGGGAUUUUCUAAAUUGUAAAAGAAAAGAUCCUAACCCGGAGAAAUGCCUGGACAAGGGGCAGGAGGUUACACGCUGUGUUUUGAGCUUGCUGAAAGGACUUCAUCGGACGUGUGGGAAAGAGAUGGAUGCUUAUGUAGGCUGCAUGUACUACCACACCAAUGAGUUUGAACUUUGUCGCAAGGAGCAAGAGCUAUUUGAAAAAGCCUGCCCAUUGUCUGAGUAAGUGACUGAGAGCUCUAGUUUGAGUUCGAAUAAUGUUGCUAUUUGUUGAUUGAGACGACUUUACUUUCAAACAUGCAUAGUUCUGAUCUUGCAACUUGACCACAUUUCACAGCGGUUGUGAUUUGCGUGAGCAUCUGUUUAAGUCAUUGCCUGUAAAUCUCUUACUAGCAUUUUUAACUUUUUGUAAUGGCAGAAAUUUUUCUUGGAGUACAUUGUACUAGCCGUCAUAAAAUCGGCAAAAUAUUUGAUUAUAAACCUCUGAUAACAGUCUCCAGAUCUUCAGCCAAGAGGCUCCUGGGACACUUCAAAAAAUUGAAGUGAUUGUUUGUCAGUUUCUUAAUAAAGCUGAGAUUUGA